ACGGCGGGAGGCAGGAUGGCACCGCCGCGGGGCGGCGGGGAGGUGCGGGAUGGGGACAGGGAUGGGGACAGGGACAGAGCCCCCGCAGCGGGGAUGCGGCGCUUCACCUGGGAGGAGAUCGGGCAGCGGAACGGGCGAGGGCCGGCGCCGCAGGAGCGCUGGCUGGUGAUCCACAGGAAGGUGUACGACAUCAGCCACUUCUACCGGAGGCACCCGGGAGGGGCCCGGCUCCUCGUCAGCCACGCCGGGCAGGACGCCACGGAUGCCUUUGUGGCAUUCCACGUUGACAAGGUGCUGGUGAGCAAGUACUUGAAGCCACUGCAGAUUGGGGAGUUGGCACCAGACCAACCCAGCAUUGAGCCCACUAAAAAUGAAAUGCUGGUGAAAGAUUUCCGGGAAUUGCGCGCUACAGUCGAAAGAAUGGGACUCCUGGAGCCAAACCAGCUCUUCUUCUUCCUGCUCCUGGCUCACAUCCUGCUCUUGGAUACAGCUGCCUGGCUCAUCCUCUUCUACUUUGGGACAUCCUUACUGCCCUUCGUUUUCUCCCUGCUGCUGCUGACUAUUUCCCAGGUCCAGGCUUCCUGGUUACAGCAUGACUUAGGACACCUCUCAGUAUUCAGGAAAACCAAGUGGAACCACUUGCUACACAAGUUUGUGAUGUGCCAUUUGAUUGGGGCCUCGGCCAAGUGGUGGACUCUCCUGCACUCCCAGCACCAUGCCAAACCCAACUGCUUCCACAAGGACCCUGACAUUGAUAUGCACCCUUUCCUCUUCACUUUGGGGAAGAAAUUCUCUGUGGAGCUUGGGAUCAAAAAGAAAAAAUACAUGCCCUACAACCACCAACACAAAUACUUCUUCAUCACUCUUCCUCCCCUCCUGUUCCCCACCUACUUCCACUGCCACACAUUCUACAUUGCCUACACAAAGAAGUACUGGGUGGACUUGGUCUGGAUGCUGACCUUCUACAUCAGAUUCUUUUAUACUUAUGGAUCUUUAUUAGAAACAAAGAGUCUCCUGGCAUAUUAUUUUAUAUUCAGGAUGCUGGAGAGCAGCUGGUUUGUCUGGGUCUCACAGAUGAACCACAUCCCAAUGGAUAUCGACUAUGACAAGAAUUUGGACUGGAUGUCUACUCAGCUCCAGGCAACCUGCAACGUGGAGCAGUCACUCUUCAAUGACUGGUUCACAGGGCACCUCAACUUCCAGAUUGAGCAUCACCUGUUCCCCUCCAUGCCACGGCACAACUACUGGAAGGUGGCCCCUCUGGUGAAGUCCCUGUGUGCCAAGCAUGGCAUUGAGUACCAGUGCAAGCCUCUGCUCACAGCCUUCGCAGACAUCGUGCACUCCCUAAAGACCUCAGGAGAGCUCUGGCACGAUGCCUACCUGCACAAAUAAAGGACAAAGCUUGGUGCUACCAUUCAGAGCCUGCCACAGCUGCAUUCCCAGCAAGCUGAGGGGCAGGGAUCACAAGGGACGCUCUGGCAGAACAAAGUGAGUAAGGACUGAGGGAUAAAAUUCAAAUAGGGAUGAAGCUGCCUGAAUUUUUCUUCUAGUUUUUCCUAGGGUUAUGGUUCAAAUAUGUUAAGAGUGGGCAGGGCAAGCAGAAGGUGAAUUGUUAGGAGAGGAGGGAGCUCGUUGCUGACUGAGUCUGAGCAUUUCUGAGCCUGGGCGUGGGCUCAAGUCAGAUCAUGGACUGGUGGAGCUGCACAUGCAUAACUUCAUGUCAGAGACCUCUGAUCAUGGGUUUUGUUGGUUUGGUUUUUUUUUGUUUGUUUUCCUCAUGUGGAAGGUGUAAUGCUUGAUACAGCAUUUGUUUACUUGAAUUUGAAACUGCAAAGGAUUUUGGAUUAACAUGGUGUUCCACCAAUGUGCUUAAACUACAAUAAAUUAUGAUAAACUACAAACAACACUUAGACUGUGGCAAGUGCACAUGCAGUGAAUAAAAACAUAAAUGUGUUUUCA